AUGGGUGCAACGCAGAGCAAUGAAGCUCCGAAUCCAGACGUUGUAAGAAUUGAUAGAAACGAGAUUCCAGAAGAGUACAAGUAAAAGAAGUUAAUUUCUUAUCAGUUCUUCAAUUUUACUUCAGAACUGUCGGCGUAUCGUCGGACGUCAUCAAAAGAGUCAAUUCGCAAGGACCCAUUGUUGUUACGGACAAUACUGAAGCUGAUCGUCUGAAGUACUUAUUUUCCUGUUAUCUUGACAGUUUGGCGAAAUUUCAGAGCUGAGUUGGCCAAAGAACGAGAGGAGCAAGCUCGACUUCGUAAGGAAAUGGCUCGACUAUCUGAGCUUCAGCAGAGAAAGGUUUGUGACAAGUUUAAAUUUAUUUUUGUUUCUUUUUUUCAAGGGCGCUGUCGUACCUCAGAGCGCCGGUCUCUCUUCGGUGGGUAACGAUAUCGAGGAAAGAAAGAAGAUUUUCGACGAGACGGUGGAGCGCGUUCAGAAGCAAUUUUUCGCCUAUCACCGCGAAAACGUUUGUCAGGAUAAUGAAAACGUCAGUAUUAGUAUAUUUAUUUUCUUAAUUGUUUUAUUUCAGGAAAUCAUUUCGUGCUUAAAAGCCAACCCUGGACGAGUUUUGAAAUGCGCUCCAUUGACCGAGGUGUGUUUUAUGGAUGAAUAUCAGAUUCCGAAUCACAAAAAAAAUGUAAAAAAACUAGAAAGCUUUCAAAGAUUCGAAAGUUAGAAAAAUAAUACUUAUCAUCUGAUUUUUUGGUCUUUAAACUUUAUAUUGCCUAAGAAGGAAGAAUUUUUUUUUCGUAUUUAUUCCUAUUUUCCUCGGUUCAUUAAAAUAUUUCAGGCCUACGAAAAGUGCGUUGGAGACUUCCGCCAACAAGUUUUUGAAGGGAAAUUAGAAUAUUUUUUUCUCAGCUUUUUCUCUUUUUUGAAGUUAUAAUGCCUCAUGCGUGUCUCCUACUUGUAACCGAACCGUUGUCCUAUAGCUUUGAAGAUUAGAUUUAUUACUUUUCGGGAUUUACUUGUAUAAUUUCAUUCAUUCUAUUGUCGAACGAUUUUGUUAGGACAUGAAUAUUUCGAUUUUUGUUUUGAGUUGGUUCUGAUGCAAAAAGCGGAAAGUCGUUGUUCGCUCUCAGUUACUUGUACGCAUCUCCGUUUAAGUCAGGUAAAGAUAAUGUCGUGACUGUGAUAAACUUUUGAUUGCAGGUAAGCGGGGUUUGAAGGAAUGAGAAGAAGGCGUUAAGGUUAGUUGAUUCCCAAUUUUUCUAGUUUUUUUUAUAUUCUGCUCUGAAAGCCUCUUAUUACGUUUGAACGAGCAGAUUUGUUGUCUUAACUAGCAAAAAAACGGCCUCAAGGUCUUUAAUUACUUGGUACAUGGUCCUUGAAAACCAGCGAGUUUUUUUGGACAAACUAUAUCACAUUUUUCUUUGUUUGUGCAGUCCGUAUUUGCUAUUUAUUUCACUCCCAUGUAACUAUCGAUCCAAAUAUUGUUCCAUCCUCCAAAUUGAUAAUUCAGAAUGCUUCUUUGGCUUUAUUCAACUAGAACUUUGUUAGUAAACUUGAUGUGAUCAAAAACCUUGAGGACAUUAUCUACCUAGAAUCUAGUCAAUAUUUGCUUACCUUAUCAAAUUCCGAGUUUUCAUUUGCUUGUCCCCUGCAUCUUCUGCUGCAAUUCUUGAAAUAUUGUUGAAAUUUAAUUUUACAGAGCCAAAAUGAAAACGGCUUGGAAGAUUGCCGCUGCUGUGUACGUGCUGCUGAUCUUGAAUUUCUACCAUAAAUCUGCCGGAUUCACCAAAUAUUAUGGCAACUACUAUGCACUGUGGUGAGUUUUUGAGAAGGAAAUAAUCAUUUUAAAAGUGUCUGGAGGUUUUUUUUAAACCUAAAACUCAGCUUCUUCGGAGAUAGGUGUAGCUAACUAUAAAGAUAAACUUUUGAAGGUUUGAAGAUUCCUUGAAUUUGAUAUAUCGGUGAAUUUUUUUCUAAUUUAUGGUUUUCAGUUACAUAUUUUAAAGCAUUUAUUCAAUUUGGUGCAGUUUUCCACUGAAAAUAAAAAAUUUCUUAUGUAUAUCUUGCUAUUAAGGUUAUCUGUUUUUUCCAAAAUUUUUUUCCACUCAUAAUAGUUUCUUGGGCUUUCGAGGGAUAAAAAAGAAAAAAAAAUCACAAAAAACUUUGUUGCCUAGGUCUUUCAUGUGAUUAUAGCUUAAAAGUUGUAGCUUUAAUGAAAUUCCAAAAGUAGAAUAGGAAUCUCAGUUCUCAUCUUGCAGGAAAGUCACGCCGGUCGCUUUCCUCGCCUUUUUCUCAUUUUUCUACAAGGGCGGCCUCAGUUUUAAUGACCGUUUAACUGCCGGAUGGGCACUGGUUCUCGGUGCCGCUGGAGAUUAUCUCAUUGGUAAUGAUACUAAUGAUAAUAUUCAUAAUUUUUUUAUUUCACCAGGAAAAGCUAUCAGUGGCAAAUCGGUAAAUAUAAGACGAAAUAAGAACUUGGAUGAAUGAAAAAUCCAUACCAUUUAUGAAAUUCAUAGGAAACCUUUUGUUUUCAGGCGUCUAUCAUGAAGGAGUCGUGCCAGGAGCUAUAGUCUUCGGCUUGGGACACAUUUUCUACUUGGUGAGCUGUUUUUAAAGGAUUUCGCAUGCUGUCUAAAGGUUGAUUUAAAAAAAAACUAUCGUUGAAUUGUAAAUUUCUAUUGGAGGAAGAACAUAAAGGAAUGAGAAUUUCUUGGCAAGGGGCUCAACUUUUAACAAAGGUUUUGUAAUUCUGAUAGAAUUCUCAAAAAUAUUUAUCAAGGGUUUUCAUAGAAAUAUGAAGAAUGGAAAAUUCGCUAAUUUUUGCUUCGUACUUUCGGAAAAGGCGAUAAAAGUUUUACUAAAAUGGAUCAAAGGAGAAUCGGGAAAUAGGUAUCCGGUAGCUACUUUAAAAUGAAUCGGCGAAAGGUAAUCGGUGAUAGUGAAUUAGCUAACAGUAGUACCCAAAUAUAGCUCAUUUCGAGUUAGUUUUUCACUUAUUUUCCUAGCUUAGAUGAAAAGGAAAAUAGAAGGCUCAUGCACAGAGCCGCGCGUAAUGAAAAGAAGCUUUUUGGAAGUGUUCUGUAGCGCGGAGGAAUAUAAAAUUUCGACAAGCUUGCGCGGAAUGGGUUAUAAUACCGAAAAGGUUCCCGGAGAUCAUCGCUAUCCUACCUGACAUCUGCGAUCGUUACCUGGUGCCAUCAGGUAGCUUUUCAGCGUUAGCUAAGAAAAACCACCUAUCACCAUAACCAGAUUAACCAGUGAGAUUAGCCGAAGCUUCAAGAAUACAGCAAAAGCUGGAUCAAACUGUUUGCAUUUCAGAAAAUGUUCAUGAACUUCCGGACGCGUGUCUGGUGGCAACUGGCGGCGGUGGCCCUCAUUUGGUCGGCCAUCGUCGGCCACGUCUGUCUCAUGCCCUUGCUCUCGGUCCAACCGAUAGGAGUCGUGAUCAUGUCAUCGUACUCGUUGGUCUUGACGACGUGUUUCGUCGUCUCCAUGUCUCAGCACAUCAACGGCUCCGAACAGCAGUCCAAGCAUGUUCGUUUAUCUUUCAUUUUUCAAAGCUAAUUCGGAAUGGUAGACAAAAUAUCUAUCUACUCUCACUUUCAUCAAUAUCUUAUAGUUAUUUCUGGCGAAAAAAAAAAUCUGUAGAGGAAACAUCGGAAAGCUUUUGAAAAAUCCUUUUUCUAUAAAAGAGAUCUUUUUUCAUCGUUUCAAAUCCCAAAUUCCAGCUUUUCUAGCUAGCAGUUCGUUAACCUCGAAAGUUAUUGUUCACCACCUAGUCUAUUACAUCUAUGACUGAUAAACAACAAAAUAAAGAACUUUAUUUUUUGCAAUAUUCCGAAAAAUGGAUAAUGUUUUGACGUCUGAAAGCCAAAACUACGAAAAAGCUGGAGCAAAAUAGCUGCUCGAAAGAUCUUUUUGAGUCUUUCAAAAAAUUAUGUUAAUUAUUUUGAGGUUCAAGUAAAACUUCGUUAUUUUAUUAUUUUAUUACUUCAGAUUCAUACGAAAAACUCUCUUCCAUUCAAAAAUUGUUCUUCAACAAAAUUUCUGAAUCUUAAAUUUCCUUGUCAUUUUAUCACUUGGUUUCAGGGAGCCAAGCUCCGCGCGAUCGGCUUCUCCUUGUUCUUCCUGUCCGACUCGCUGCUCAUUUUCUCCUACACGGACCGCGCCGUUCCCUUCGACGAAAUCUUCAUCCUAGCCUCUUAUUUUUCCGCCCAGUUCUUCAUCACCUAUGGAAAUUCGGUCGCCAUCACUGAAUUUGACCGGAAACCCAUCAAGAAGCAAAACUAA